GAAUCACAAUAUUUUUUUCCGAGAGAAAAUCACGGAAACCGAUGUAGAUUCUCUAUCUCCAGGUGGUUCAUUCGAAAGAAGAGAGAGAUCUGUUAAGAGAGCUAAAAACAUGGAACCUUUGAAUUUUCUUUAAAUUCUCACGAUUUUUCUCACUUACGCAAGAAGAGCCGAUUUCAUCUCAGAUUUACUUUCCCUUCAAUCUCUCUCCCAUUUGAACCCAAAUUUUAUCUCUUUCUCCUGAAAAAAAAGACAGAGGAAAUCUCAAACAAGCCGGAGGGAAAAUGUGUAGUAACACAAGCAGUGGAAGCUAUGGAGGAGGAGAGUUACAAGAUGAUUGCUACUUUGGUUCUUGUCCGAAAAAACAGAAGAAAGAUAAAGUCCGACGAAGAGGACCAGGUGUCGCUGAACUAGAGAAGAUCCGUCUACAAGAAGAGAACAAAUCUUCUUCUCUUCCAAUUCCACAUUCUUCUUCUUCUUCUUCUCUGUCAAUACCAAUCAUUGAUCACACUCUCUUUGCUCCUCCUCCGCCGGCAAGUUCCUUUUACACCACUAACCCUGUUUUCCGGCCACCGGGGACGGCGAGUGUUAACGGCGGCUGUGAUUUGGUGAUGAUGCCUCCAAACUUUGCUUCGCCGAUGUCUUCUUAUUUCGCCAACGGAUCUUUCCCUAAGGAUCUCAUUCCUCCGGCGCCGGUUUUUCAGAGGAAGCAGCAUCAUCAGACGAUGCAUCUCCCAAAUCCAUCUCCAGGAGCAGGAGGAUUUUACCAGUUCAUAGAGCCCCCUUCAAACCAAAGAUCUUGCGUCGAUAAUGUCUAUAAGUUUCUCGAGGAAGAAAAAAGGAUGGUCAGUACCAAGAGGCCAUGGCCUUUUCUCACAUACACCACGAAAGCUAGCGUUGGACCAGCCAUAACAAUCUCAAGGGAUUCUAAACAAAACCGGUCGCUGGAUAUGAGAUUGAAAAGUCCGGUUCAAGAUUUCGGUACAACAAUUUGCAACCCCAUCGCCAUUGAUUCACCUACCUCCAUUCGACGUGAUUACCCUAGGUUUAUCCCGCUUAGCGUACAGUAUGAACAACAACAACAACAAAAAGACUUUGAUGAGAAAAUGCAAUGGAGAAGUAAGAAGCCUUUCUAUAGCUUCAUACCAUCUGAUGAUCGGAGCAAUGGUGACCGACAACAAGGAGCCUGUGAUCGAUAUGAAUCAGCAGGUGAUCAUGGAAUCGAUCUCAGCCUUAAGUUAUAGAAAAUUUUAGCAAGAAAAAGAUCACUAGAUUAUCUCUGUCUUAGGUAACUUUGGAUAUAUAUUAAUUUUACUUUCCCGCAACUCAGUUUAGUUUGUGCUUUAUCGAUCUGCUGAAGAAGAAUCAAG